AUGCUCACUCUUUCAACGUUACCCGUAGAGCUUACUUAUCGAAUAUUGGAUCAGCUAAAUGAUUUUUCUCUCGUUUGUUCGAUGCAAAACGUCUGUGGACGGCUGAAUCUGAUACUUUACACUUAUCAACGAUAUCAAACACUAAAUAAAUUACAACUCAGCUUCAAUCAAAUCAGUGCAGAAAAAGUGCGAUGUCUUAGUGAGGCACUCAAAACAAACAAUACAAUCGCCGAAUUAUACCUUUCUUUCAAUUAUAUUGGAGAUCUAGGUGUGCAACAUCUUGCAAAUGCAUUGAGAACGAGCAUAGCAAUAAAUACAAUCGAUCUACAAUGUAAUGCAAUCGGAUUUGAAGGAAUAAAAUAUCUCAGUGAUGCAUUGCGAACAAACACGACACUUAUCACACUCGAUCUUCAAUGUAAUGAAAUCGGAACGGAAGGAGCCAAAUAUCUCAGUGAAAUGUUGAUGACGAACCAGAGCCUUAUCACUCUCGAUCUUCAUGAAAAUCAAAUCAGAGAUGAUGGAGUCAAGUAUAUUGCUGAUGCACUGAGAACAAAUACAACACUUACAAAACUUCAUCUUGGCAAGAACCAUAUCGGCGAUCAAGGGGCAGAACAUCUCGGUGACGCAUUGCAAAUAAACACAACACUUAAGACACUUGAUCUACGAAGUAAUAGAAUUACAGACCGCGGAGCGCAAUAUCUUACAAAUGCAUUACUGGAGAAUACUGUAACAUCAGUUGACCUUUAA